ACACAUACAACUAGCUGCACGUCUCACAUGUACCAUAGACACAAAAAGAAGCAGCGAAAUUAUUUCUUAGUGAGUCUCUUUGUGAGUACCAAAUUAAAUUGAAGAGCAGAACUGAGGUUAUUCAACCUGUGAGAUAGAGUAACAGUAAUAAUAAUAACAGUUGCUAUUUUCUGUACUCCUGACAACAUCAUGUAUGGAGGAUCGAGCCGGCAAUAUGAUCGCUAUGGCAAUAUGGUGGACUCUGGCCAAUAUGGGAACGAGGCCUACAUGAAUCAAGCAGAUUAUGGUCAGAAUACUUACUCAGAGGUCAACCAGUAUAUGGACAACAGUGGCUAUGGUACAACCUCAUCCUACUCUUCAGGAGGUCGUCAGUCCAGAUCAACUUACCGAAAUUGCCCAUCCCCAGGAGUCUGUCUGUCUCCAACCUCACCUUCAGGAGCGGAUGUAGGAGGUUAUGGCUCUCCAGUUCCACGACGUAGCAAGUCACCUGGCAUUCAGCUCAUAGUCCCAGGAGGAGAGAUUGACACCGGCAAGCGCAUGUCCAGGUAUCGAUCCUGCUCACCAGGACGUCGCAAUGCUCUUAUUGGAAUGGAAGGUCAAGAAUCGGCCAGCCAAAAUAUAGUAAACAACAACCCUUAUGGAAGAUAUGACUCUUGUUCUAGUUUAUCUCCAACCCAUCGAGGACAUCCACAAUCAGGAGUGGAGACACCAUCUGUGAUACGUCCUAGUGCUGUUAAGUUUGCCAAUCGUAAUGCAAAUGUUUGCAGCAAUGAACUCAUUCAUCGGAGUCGGUCUCGGUCUCCAGGAAUGGGCGUUGGAAAUUACUCCUAUAGUUCAUCAUCGAGAAACCCUUCCAUGGUGUCAGGACGGCGCUUAUCAGGUUCAAGACAUGCGUAUACUCCUUCAGUUGGUCCAGUUAAUUCUGACAUCAUUAGGUUCUUUAAUCUUGUUGAUACAGACAGAAGUGGGAAAAUUUCAUGGGACGAACUUCAGAAAGCUCUUCUCAAUGGUGAUUGGUCAGAAUUCGGCGAAGAAACCUGUCGUCUCAUGAUUAGUAUGUUUGACAGUAGAUGGUCAGGUACAAUUGAUAUCAAUGAGUUCACGUCACUGUGGAGAUAUAUUCAAGAUUGGAAAGCCAUGUUUGAGACUUUCGACGUAGACGGUUCUGGAACAAUCGACGGUAUUGAAUUACACAGAGCCUUCCAAUCAUUUGGAUACCAAGUCUCAAACCAAUUCGCCCAGUUAGUGGUCAGAAUUUAUGAUAAGAAAGGAAUGGGUUGUAUACAUUUCGAUAGUUUCAUCAAUGCUUGCGUUUUGUUGAAGUUGUUGACGAACAGGUUCGAAGAAAAAGACCCCCGUGGAGCAAAACGGAUCCAACUAGACAUGGAACAAUUCAUUGAAAUGGUUGUAGACACGUUUCUUAUUCAAUGUUAACCAAACCCGAGCCAAUGAAUUUGAACAACGAUUUGAAGAGUUCUCAAACGAGUAGACAACACAUUAGAGCUGUCAUAUGUUUCUUUUAUAUCUUCUCAUGUUACCCAACUCCCUAAAAAAAAAGUAACUCAGGGUACUCCUAUACGUGUAAAACUGAAAUCUAGGUCUAAAUGAAAGUCUAUGGUGUUACAGAAGACUUGAACACAGGACCGAAGAAAAAAAGAAACAGUUUGUUUAAUGAAACAAAUUACGAUGAAAUAGUUAAAGGUUCCGUUGAUGCUUUAUCUAGAUGUUCCUGCAAUCAAAGCAUUUCAAAUGAUUUUUCUGAAGAUAUUUUUUUCGAGGAAAUUAACAGCUAAAAGCACUGAGAAAUAUAUUUCACGUUGACCUGAAACCAGGUUAGUCCUGAAACAAUUGUGGACAACAAAUUUUAAUUUCUGUAAUGAUGUGUAAAUAAAUUAAAUUAACUUA